AUGCCACCUGUUGGAGAGGGUAGAUUCGGUAGAGUUUAUAGAGCAAAGGAUUAUAGAACUUCAAAAAAAGUUGCAAUCAAAGUUCUACCUGGAUAAUACAAGUACCAAUACAAUCAAGAGGUUCAGAUACUCUAGGUUAUAAAUAAAAAUAAGCUGUUUGGGUUUUUAAAACUGCUUGACUGUGGCUUUGAAAACAAUUAAUAUUAUAUCGUGACUGAACUGCUUGGAGAGAAUUUGCAAUAGCAAAUGUCUAAAUGCACAGGCAAGAAGUUCAGAUUUGAGACAGCAAUGAGAGUAGCUAUUUAGAUGUUCAACAGAAUUAGGGUUUUGCACAAAAUAGGCUAUGUCCACAGAGAUAUUAAGCUUAAUAAUUAUGUAUGCUCCAUUUAAGAUGAAGAUCAACUCAAAGCAGGGGGUAACAAAAAAAAGAACAAGAUUGCUAACAAAUCCUAGAUCUCAAACAGUGUAGAUGAUGAUGGAGAUGAUGGAAUGGUGUUCUUAAUUGAUUACGGUAUUACUAAGAAGGUAGAGAAUGCUGAACUACAAAAACAGAUAGAUCAGAUUAAAUACGGGCAAACUCCUUUAGUCCCUCCAGCAAGAAGAAAGAGAAAUAAUUUGUGGGCACCUAUAUCUUUGCUUCAAUAAGUUAACUAAAAAAAGAACAUCCAUUAAAUGACUCUAUAUUUAGCGAUGACAUUUAAGGAUGAUCUGGAAUCAUUAGGAUAUAUUAUAGUAAGUAUGAUAACUGGUACUUUACCCUGGAGAGAUAUCUCUGCUGUGAAAUUAGAUGAAAACUUAGACCAAUUAAUAAAGGCCAGAAAUCCCAAGACUCUAUGUUAAAAUCUCCCAAAUGUAUAAAAACUAAAAUCUGAUGAAAAUAUCAAGUACAAGUAUUUUAAGGGUCUUUUGAUGCAUGUCUAUAAAAAAUUAACAAUACCAGAGAACUAUAAAUAUGACUGGAUAAUUGAAGAAGAAAAGCUCAAGGAUAUAUACUUUAAGAGUCUUACUUAAAACCCUGGCACUAAUUAAAAUCCUCAAAAAUUAGAAAAUAUGGGAACACUUUAACAUUAGAUCCAUUAGUAGUAGGACUAAAAGGAACUAUCCAAUUAAGAAAAUCCACCAAUUAGUAGGAAUAUCAACAUUGAUAUUAAAGUUAGUGAUCUUUCAUAUAAUUUCAAGAGGGAAAGAAAGUCAGGCCCAGGAGGUCUUAGCUAGUUUAGAAAUAAAAGAAACAUUAGUCCUCUAAUAAUAGAAACAAGGAAAAAGAUAUAGGAUUAAGUUCAAUCAAGCGUCCCCAAGUCAGGAACAAAGAAAUAGUACAUAAAGAGGUUUAAAAAAAAGGUAAAACACAGGAAGGGAAUCGCCAAUGACAUGUAAAAUAAUCAUAUUGAAGUUGAAGAUGAAAAUGGUGAAUUAUUGAAUGAAGACCAAGAUUAGGAUUAAGACGAAGACUUAAAUUCUAGGAGGCAUGAGAGUGAUUCAGAAGAGGAAAAGGGCUAAGAUGGAAAGUUUUAUCUGAGAAUAUAGAAAAUCAGCAGUGAUCAAGAUGAAGAUAAUGUAAGUCUCUAAAACAUAGAUGAAAGCUCGGACAGCUAAUAUAUCGACCCUUCUCCAAUUCCCUAGAAAUAAAAUUAACACUAUCGUGAGAACCAGAAGCAGUUCUCGUUUUUGAAAGAUCCAUAAUCACAGAGCAGUAAGAUGCUCAAGUUGGUUACAGGUGAACUAGACGACCUGGAUAUUGAUGAGGGUGAACGCCAAUUCGACUGCGGUAUUUAUGUCUUUUAAAGUCCCAAGUGUAAAAUCAAAGACUCUAAGUAUUAGAAAUUUUUGGACUUAAGAAAGGAGGGUAAGCUUCCUGAUUUUGAAGUCAGAAUUGGAGGUAGAGUUAAAAAAAAGGAAACUAUUUAAGAUAAAAAGAAAAGCAUGCGCAUAGGACCUUCGUCAGACUGA